AUGGACACUUUCCGCAGGCCUCCCUCAUUCCAGAAUAAUAUCCUCUUCACAGUUUCCGCCGACGGCGAGAUUAGAUCUUUGAAGUCACCUCAGCCAAGCUCGUUGAAGAAGCAAAUUCCGCAGCAAAAUCUUCGGCAAGUCAGGUACAGCAUCAAUACUGCCAUUGAGAUAGCACGGUCGGAAUACAUCCAGAUUGGCCUCCAACGGCGCUACUGGGACCCGCCGCUUCUUCCACAACACCAUGAACCGGCUUCCGAUCAUCUAGCCGUCGAUUCAGACAACAUUUCAAGAGCCGUGGCUCUGACAGAUAUCAAGAUCUCAGGCGAUCCGAUUCGGCUGUGCACACCCGACUUUCGGGUGGAACCGCGUGGCUUGAAAGUCGGCGCGUGUCUUUUUCUGAAUCUUCCUUACGGCGCCAAUGAUGCUUGCGGCCUGCAGGUGAAGAUGAAGGACGGCAGCGCAAGUGAUCAACCAAAAUUCAUCCUCGAAGUCUGCGCGGCUGUCCUCGACGCCAGGGCCGGAAAGAAAAUGUGGCGUCUCUGCACCCAGCACGACGUUACGGACAUGAUCAACGAGAUCGCCUUGAAGCGAACUGCUUCGAAGCCUACGUCAUCUAUGCUUGGGGAGACCUCACCCAACUCAGACACUCGGCCUCACCCCGAAACCUUUGACUGGACAGCUUUCACCGAGGAUGAGCUCGAAAGUCAACAGCACAUCCGCAGCAACGCCGCGUCCACCACACCGCGCCACUCCCGAACAACCCGCCUCUCAGGCUCCACCCUCGUUCCCAGCGCAGGAUCCUCCGCCCGCUCCACCCUCAUCGCCACAACACCAACACAGUACCACCACCCGCAGCAGGGGCCGCUCCCAGCCGCACCGCCGCAACCCUAUCCAGCAGCAACAGCACUAAAUAAACCCCUGCCGCCCGCGCCCCCUCCCACACCUUCCCUCUUCGCCACCAUCCCUGCCGACGUCCACUCCUUCCUCAAUCUCGCCCAGGCCAUCAAACACGCGCACGCCUCCCGCUUCUUCAUCCUCGUCCCGCGGCAGCACCAUUGCUAUCGUAACCGACGUCGCUUCGAACAAAGGGAUGACGAUGACAAACCGGUACUGAGCUUUCUCGGCAGCUACGCCAUUUCCUUCGUCUCGGCCGAGUUACACGAGAACGGAGGGGAGCUGAAUAAGGUGGUGGGGGCGGUAGAGCGUGCUGGUACAGAGGAAGGGUGCAAUGAUGGCAGUGGCAGGAGAGCGAAUUCUAGGGCAUUGGCGACUGGGUUGAGGGACCGGAAAAGCUCAAAGCUGGUGGAAGGCAUCGAGCUGGAGGGAACAAGGGAGAGGAUGCCGAAGGUCGUCGUCGACAAACUUGGAAGAGCGUAG